GGACUGUGAAUAUGUCUGGCAUAGCUCUUAGCAGACUGGCACAGGAGAGAAAAGCCUGGAGAAAAGACCAUCCAUUUGGAUUCGUAGCAGUACCCACGAAAAAUCCAGAUGGCACAAUGAAUCUAAUGAACUGGGAGUGUGCUAUUCCAGGAAAGAAAGGGACACCAUGGGAAGGAGGCUUAUUUAAAUUACGGAUGCUUUUCAAGGAUGACUACCCUUCUUCACCCCCAAAAUGCAAAUUUGAACCACCGUUAUUCCACCCAAACGUGUAUCCUUCAGGCACAGUGUGUCUCUCCAUCUUAGAGGAGGAUAAGGACUGGAGGCCAGCAAUCACAAUUAAACAGAUCUUGUUAGGAAUACAAGAACUCCUAAAUGAACCAAAUAUUCAAGACCCAGCUCAAGCAGAGGCUUACACAAUUUACUGCCAAAACAGAGUGGAAUAUGAAAAGAGGGUUCGAGCACAAGCCAAGAAGUUUGCACCAUCAUAAGCAUCUGUCAUGCAGCAUCUUAAAAAGGAAGGGAUUGGUUUGGCAAGAACUUGUUUACAAAACUUUUGCAAAAUCUAAUGUUGCUAUGUACAAUUACUAUCCACUUAGGGGAGGGGGUUGUAUGUGUGCCAUUUUCCAUAUUCGCCACUUGUAUACAGUUCUAAAUUUGCUGAAUUGCCCCCAGUUUUUUCAUACAGGGUCUCUUCCUUCAGUCUUUUGUAUUUUUGAUUGUUAUGUAAAACUUGCUUUUAUUUUAAUAUUGAUGUCAGUAUUUCAACUGCUGUAAAAUUACAAACUUUUAUACUUCUAUAAAUUCACUAGUAUCUCUAGUUCCUUUGCUCUCUGAUGCAGGCAUGCUUUAAAAUGUUAGACCUAUAUUUAGCCUCUAGCUGGCUGUAUGAAAAACAAACAAAAAUCAUGUCCUCCACCCCCUUCCCUCCCUGAAUUUGUUUUUCUAUCUUUGAGAAACUAGGUUGUUACUGCUUAAGAGCCUCCAAGAUCCAAAGUCAGCCAGCAUCCUUACUCUGCAUCACUUCCUUUGUGUUUAUAUGGCAUUCUGUCUGUGUUGCUGUUUAGAAUAAAUAAACUGUUUAUAUAAAGGG